AAUGGCGAAAUCCGGCUCCCAGACGCAAUGCCGUACGCCAUUCCGUAUGCGAAUUAUUUGAUUAUCCGUCCGGGCAGCCAAGGCAGCAGGGAAUUCUCGCGAAGAGGAGGAGAGUGUUUUCAAGGGGGAGAUCACAGGGCAGGAGCACGGCAACGAGAAGAAGAGCAUCCUCGAUCGUGAUCUUCAUGCAGUUUGAUCAUCGCCCAUCACAGGGGUGUGAGAGCUUCUUGAUCGGACAACCAGGCAUCAUCAAAGGCAGGAAUUUUGGACGAGCUUGGUCCGGUGGUGGUGGUGGUGUCAUGCUGUUGAGCAAUUAUGGUCGGGAUCAGGUGGGGGACUCGUCAGGCUUUGAUGGAUCGCAACAGGCGCCCCUUCUCCACACGGUGGGAGGAGUUGGAGUUGGCGUUGGAGUCGUCCCGCAGCCAUCGCUCACGGACGUCUCGUCCUCCACCAGCAGCUUGAAGCCCCCUCCUCCGGAUCAGUUGCUCUGCCAGUCGAGGCCGGGGCAGCAGCACCAGCAGCACCAGCAGCCGGGCCAGCAAGAGCGGCGGCUCAAGCCGCAUUCGGAUCAAGUCCUCAAGUGCCCCCGCUGCGACUCGAUGAACACCAAGUUUUGCUACUACAACAACUACAGCCUCACGCAGCCCCGGCAUUUCUGCAAGAACUGCAAGCGCUACUGGACCAAGGGAGGGGCGCUGAGGAACGUCCCCGUGGGUGGCGGGUGCCGGAAGAACAAGCGCGUCAAGCAGCGGCAGCAGGACCAUCCGGGUCCUCCAGCGGCCUCGUCGGACGAGACCGGCCAGCCCAACGGCGGCGGCGGUCUUCCGGGAGGGGGUGGAGCCAUGGUGGGGAACGACGGUGCCAGCAGCAGCAGUAUGCUACAGCAGGAAUUCCCGGUGGCGACGAGCUCGGGGCUGUACGAUCAAGUGGCCAAGGCGAGCAACGGGAUAAGCUUGGCGUUUGACAGGGUCGAGGGAGGGGUGGCGAGGAUUUUCCCCGGAGCCGCUGGGAGCCAUCCCGGCCCGCCUCCCAUCUCGAUAAACUGGGCGACUGGACAGCUCGGGAGCCAUCCACAGCAGUUUGAUCCGAGCAUGCUUGGGUUGAAUCUCCCCGGCGCGCCGAUCAAACAGGAGCCGGUUCACGGCGAUGCCGGCGGCGACAUCAACUCUAUCUUCGAUCCGGGCUCGCUGGGAAUGGGGACGCACGCGGCCAUGAACGAGGCGCUGAGCUCUUACGUGCCGGUGGAGAACUUCGGGCUCAAUGGAGGUAGCGGCGAGAUGAUGUGGAGGUUUCCGCAGCAGCCAAAGCUCGUGUCUUUGCUCGAGGAUGGGAGCGAGCAGGAUCAAGGCGGCGGCGGCGGCGGCGGCGGCGGCGGUGGUGGCGGCGGCGGCGGGAGGCAUCACGUACUGCUGGACUUGGAGGCGAGCCACGGGGUGGAGAAGAUGAAGCAGCACCACCACCACCACCACAAAGGCAAGAGCUCGGGGGAUGUUUCGUCCAGUGACUACGACCAACAGGGCGAUUCCUCGUCGCCGGAUCAGUGGCAGCCGUCACCGACCGAGGCAUUCUUCGAGAGCGGGAGUGACGCUGCGGGGUACUGGAGUAACGGUGGCUGGACGUCGGAUCUACACGCCUACGGCGGGUCGAAUCAUCACCACCACCACCACCACCACCAUCAUCAAACACCAGGGAAUCAUCAACUUCUCUAGCAGCUGCGCCGCUAUAUAUCCAGCCAUCAUCCAUCCCGGGGGUUUAAAAUUCUUUUUCUUUCCUGUCUCUUGCUUCCAUCCCCGCCCCCCGUUCGUUGGCUCCUCUCACCCUCUUCGUUUUUGACAACACUGGAGACAACACAGGUUCUCUUCUUCUCGCGCACAGCCUAACAACAAGCAACAAAAAUCAAUCAAUCAAUUCUGUAUAGAGAUCCAAAGCAACAGCAGCAGCAGCAGCAGCAGAUCCUCCGCCUCUUCGAUCAUCAACUUCGAGAGAAAAAAUGAAAUCGAGAAAACGGGGAACAGAAGGUACACCGUCGGUGAACUCUCUUCCCUCUCUCCCCCCCCCCUGAUCUUGCGUUGCAUCAUUGUCACUACUCACAUCUCUCUCAGCAACACUCGGCCACCUCCACCGCCCCUCGAGAGCGAAAAAAAAAAGCUUCUUUUCUUUUGGGAUUGCGACUGCUGCUCGUCGGUCUUCUUCCUGGUUUCGUUUUUGUUUUUUUUUUUUUCUUUUUCUUCGUUUUUUCGUUCUCUUCUCUUGUUACGUUAUCUUUAUUCCCGUGUUCCUCAAAUUUUUUUGGCUCACCACCAUCAUACUUAUACGUAUACGUAACAUCUCUAGAGGGAGUUUUAUUGAUUAUAUCAGCCAAGUAGUAAUAAAGAAGGAAAAAGCAUACGAGUAUAUUGGCAAAGACAUCCAUCCUUGGGGCGCAGGAAGAGAAGCUGGAGAGAAAAAAACACACACAAGAACAAAACAAUGAGAGGGUGGUUUUCCUGCUAAACUGGAUUGGAUUUUGUAAUUGUAUAUACUGGAGUCUCUUCUUAAACGUUCUUUGAGUUUGAUUACA